GUUCCCGGCUCGUUCAUUCCCCUGUGCGCGGUGACCAGGAAGGUGUUUGUGCUCCAGCAUGGCGGGCACGAUGUGGGCUGUACGCGCCGCGUGUGUGCUUCUCUGUCUCGGGAUGGCGAUCGGCUACCCCUCACGAGGCAGCAAAGCUCGAGACUUCAUCGACGAGGACGACCUCCGCGCCAUGCUGACCCGACUGGUGAAGACACGUGACGUGGACAGACUGCUACACGCACAGGCCUUAAACAGCGACGACCAUCUCUCCAUCAGUAAAGAAAGCUCCGGUGAAGGUAGCGGUGAGACUGGCGGUUUCGAAGGAUUCCCUGGCGACUUCAAGUUUUUGGGAGAACCAGUUACUGAGUCAUCAGGAGAAGGCAGUGGAUUCCCUGGGGAAGUCAAAGAAGGAUCCGGUGAUGAAGGAAGCGGUGAGACCGGCGGGUUUGGCGGAUUCCCUGGCGACGUGAAGGCUUAUCUCGGCUAUGGCUAUUAUGGCUAUGACCCAGUUGAGGCAUCUGGCGAGGGCAGCGGAUUACCCGGAGACGUGAAAGAGGGAGAAGAAGGAAGCGGUGAAGACCAACCAGACGAACCAGUUCAACAGUGCCCGGAUGGAGACUUCAUCUCCGCCGCCUGGCGGUGUGACGGCAGGAGGGACUGUAAUGAUGGCUCGGACGAACGGGGAUGCGAAGAUCUGUGUGCGGGUCUGGGUUACCCCGGAGACCGAGGUUGUCGCUGUGCCAGCUGCAAGGCUGACCGGCCGUCCCAGAACUGCGCAUGUCCUCCCAGCCAAUGUCAAGAUAACCUAGAGAAGAAAUGCGACCAACUGACGAUCCUGACCGUACCCCCGUUCGACCGGGGCAGCGCUGCCACCAGGUCCUACAUGCCAACCGGGCGGGUGACGGGCGGAGCCAUGCGGGCUGACAUGGUGUUCAUCACCGACGGGUCCGCCAGCAUCGGUACCUUCAACUUCGAGGAGAUCAAGAAGUUCAUGCGGCAGUUGGUCGAUGGCCUUACCGUGUCUCUUACCUCAUUUAGGGUCGGCGCUAUGCAGUUUGCGUACUCGAACCGAGAAGAGUUCGGCCUGGAGGAUAACUAUAACAACGCCGGUGUGGACGCCGCCAUUUGCGCCAUUCCUUAUAUGGACGGACCUGGAACCUACACCGGGGAGGCCAUCAUGUUCGCUAAGGACUACAUGUUCGCCCCUAUCCGACCGGAUAUACGUCACGUUGGCAUAGUGAUCACGGACGGGAAGACUUCCAUCGGCGCCAUGGACAUCGCACAGGCCUCCCGCUCUGCGCAGCAAGCGGGCAUCGUGCUGUACUCCAUCGGGAUCGGGCUGAUGAACGACGCGUCCUACAACGCGCAGCUGCAGGCCAUCGCGGGUUCCACUGGGAAGGUUUUCCACGUGGGCGACUUCAGCGCGCUCUCAGGGAUCAUCAGCGCACUGCUGGCGGACAUCUUCGCUCUGCCUGCACCCGUAGUUCCGGCUCCGGCUCCAGCGCCAUACCCAAUUCCGGCUCCGGCCCCUUACCCCGUACCAGCGCCGGCUCCGUAUCCCGUUCCGGCACCAGCGCCGUAUCCAGUUCCAGCCCCGGCACCAUACCCGGUUCCAGCUCCCGCUCCGUAUCCAGUACCGGCCCCGGCUCCGUAUCCCGUACCAGCCCCAGCACCGUAUCCAGUUCCAGCCCCGGCACCAUAUCCGGUACCCUCUCCAGCGCCGGCUCCGUAUCCCGUACCAGCCCCGGCACCGUAUCCAGUUCCAGCCCCGGCACCGUAUCCGGUACCCUCUCCAGCGCCGGCUCCUUAUCCCGUACCAGCCCCGGCACCGUAUCCGGUACCAGCUCCUGCCCCUGCACCAAUUCCAGCCCCCGCUCCAUAUCCGGUACCUGCUCCCGCUCCAGUUCCGGUACCAGCUCCGGCUCCGGCACCCUAUCCGGUACCAGCUCCGGCACCAUAUCCCGUACCAGCUCCUGCACCAAUUCCGGCCCCGGCUCCCCCUCCCCCUCCCCCACCACAACCACUCCCACCUCCCCCUGCUCCCGCUCCCGUACCAGCCCCGGCACCAGUUCCGGCCCCCGCUCCAUAUCCCGUACCAGCCCCUGCUCCGUAUCCAGUUCCGGCUCCGUAUCCGGUUCCGGCCCCGGCUCCCCCACCCCCUCCUCCCCCUCCUGCUCCAGCUCCUCCACCUCCCCCUCCUCCUCAGCCACUCCCUCCACCACCUCCUCCACCCGCUCCGGCGCCUCCUCCACCCCCUCCUCCCCCACCUGCUCCAGCACCCCCUCCGCCUCCUCCACCACAGCCGCUUCCACCCGCUCCAGCGCCUCCCCCUCCGCCACCUCCUCCGCCACCUCCCCCUCCUCCACCUCCACCCCCUCCUCCAAGUGUGGAAGUCUCCUGCUCCGACAGUACUCUGGAGAUCGACCUGGCCGCCGCGUCCUUCCCGAAAGUGCGCACCUCCAACCUGCGGCUCGUGGACCCGGCCUGCCGCGCCACCAGUAACGGCACGCACAUGAUCAUGAAGUCGCCUCUCAACAGCUGCGGAACUACGUCUUACGAAACACCAGACUACAUCAUAUACGACAACAUGGUGACGGACGAGUCUCUCGCGAGAGCCGGCGAGAUUAUCCGAGACUGCGGGUUCGAGAUGAGAAUCCAGUGCCAGAUCCCACGCAGACUCCAGGUGUCCGGAGACUUCGACCCCAUACAGGUUCCCGAAAUGUACUCCGCCGUCGGUACGGGCGACAUCAAUGUGAUCAUGCACUUCUGCACGGACAGCGUCUGCACCAGCUUCAAGCCCUACCCCGUCACCUACAGGGUCUGCGAACAGGUGUACGUGGAAGUCCAGCUGUUGGCCUCUGACCCCGACCUGAGCAUCCUGGUCCUGACUGGCGAGGCCACGCCCUCCACGGCGCGAACCGGCGGGCCUCUUUAUGACAUCAUCAACAAUGGCUGCGGAGUUGACCCGACCUACGUGGUGUACCCGGCUCCGAACCACGCCGUCAUCAGGUUCGGUUUCCAGGCCUUCAAGUUCGCCACGGACUACCCCAAGGUGUACCUGCACGCUGACGUUCUCAUCUGCAAGUCUUCUGCUGUCGGCAACCGCUGCUCACAAGGUUGUGCUACGGCCGGUAGGCGGCGUCGCGACCUCGCAACGACACCCGGCGUGGCCCUGUAUCACGUGACUGCUCCAGCCCCCAUGAUCCUCUUCGACGACGUGGACGAGACUCUCGUUCCCAAAUCGUAGAAGGUCGUGGCAGAAGUUCGACUGUUCGGCGUCACAUGAUCACAUCCAACCUUCCUUCGAGAGUUCCGCGCAACACGAUUUGAUGACGUAACCGCACGAAUAGAUGACGUAAACGAACAGUCGAACGCCUUGUAAAUAUUGUAUAGUACAAUGCCCUACCUAAAAUGCCGUUUUACAAUUAAAUGAGAAGAAAUUGAAUAUUGUACGAAGAUCUGAAAGUGAAUAAAUUAUGCCACAACGCGUUAAAA